UAUGCAUUUGACUCUCGUAAUCUUAUCUACGAACUAAAUAAAAAACAAAAUGGAAAAAUGUAACAUGUGCUGGACAAUUGGCCAUCAGCAGUUGACUACAUAAACGUGAUAGCAGCUCACAUAUUGAUCUCUUUUUGUAUAUAGCAUUAAUAAAUAGCCGUCGGUUCUUAUAGAAACAUCGGGAAAAAGAUUUUAACAAUGGAUGUGGUAUAUUAUAGUGGGGGGAACAGUGGAUAUUUCGACACAAAUAUAAUGGAAUUCAAUCGCUUUGUUGGCGAAGGACAUUUCAAUCCAACUUGGUGGAUCAAAUACAUUGAAUUAUCUCGUCAGAUAUUUGGGUCAAAAAUUAUUCGUGCUUGUUGUGGAGAAAAUGCACUGGACGACAAAACAUUGUACAUUGUUCGACAACAAGCACAUUUCACCAGUUAUGUUGAAGAUUAUGUGAAACUUGUAAAUAGCAAUGUCAAAAAAGUGCAUAAUUUUCCUGUUAGAAUAUUUCAUUCCACAGAAAUGGUUAAAAACACGUCCAUGCUGUAUUUUACUGAAAUAACCGAUUUAAAAAGAAAUGUUAAAUUGAUAACUGUAGUCUCUCAUAUGGUAUUUAUAAAUAGGGCUACACGAAGGCCAACCCCUCUGCCACAACAGCUUAAACAUGUAGUUAACAAUGGCCAUACAUCUGUAUUAAAUACAAUACAACCAAUACAAGAUCCUUUGAUUGAGCCACCAAGACAGACGAAACUGUUUAAAUGGUCACGAAAAAUAUCAUUGCUCGACACAGACUAUAAUGGCCAUGCCAAUAAUUCAGUAUUUUUCACAAUCCCCCUACAAUGCCUAGGUAUAGCAAUUGAGAAUAAGUUUUCACCUACUUUAAAAGAGUCUAUACAUGAUUAUGCAAUUGAAAAAUACUGCUUGAAAAUUGUAAAAGAAUGUCAUAUUGGUCAAGUUAUUACUGCAACGAUGUGGGAAAGCUGUGGCUCUAGUUUUCAUUUUGUUUUAAAAGUGAACGAACUAGUUGUUUCUUGUUUAACUUUAAUAUUUGUUUAAUUGUUUAUUAAAUUACAGUUCUCCAAACUUUUAUGCUGUUUUUUGUAAUUUUUUUUAUUUUUUUCAAAUCUUCUUUACAGAAUUGUUAUAAUUGUUUAAUUUUCAGUAUAAAAAAAAUACCAAGCAACAAAAGCGUGCUUAAUUUUUUUUAAAUUAUACGUUUAAGCUUUUUUUUUAAAGUAAAGUUGUUGUGUACACUCUAUGCAGAUCUUACACCCAUUUCAAAAAAUCCUGCAUUAAAAUGUGUAUUCCUGUUUCGCAUUUGUAAUGUGCAAUCCAGUUCUUGUUUAAUUUGUUUAUCUAAACCCUUUUUAAAUAAAAAUAUAAUUCAAGAUUCAAAUGCAGUUUUUGACAAUAUACAUGUAAAUCUAAUAUUCUAUUAUUGAGAGUAAAAGACAUUAAUUACAUAGGUGCAAAAAUGCGAAUUUUUCUUUUACUUUAUAUAAACAUGACAGUCCAUA